AUGUCACCGGAGACUCAGGACGUACAUUAUCUGAAGGAAGUAUUUGAUUACAAGAACAAAAUGGUCCGACUAGACUACAAACCCAACAUAUUUGGAGACAGCAACAGUGAUGUGCAUAGGACUUCAGAGGUCCAUGAUUUUAACACAGGAGUAGCCUACGUCACUGAUGUCCGGACUGGGAGCUGCACGUUUAAGUUGAUACCGACUAAAGGAUUCGACGCAGAACCGUUGGCUAAUAACAGCAAACUUGCCAAACUGCGCAGUGGAUUCGAAUACUUCUUUUCCGAUUCAGCCAUCAAUAUAACCUACUCGGGCAUGAAAACGACUCGUGGUAUAGAGUGUGACGUGUGGGUGGCUCUGAAAAACGACUGGCCCUCUGACCAACCCGCGCUGUCGGUGUGGGAGUGGUACUUUGCGCGGCGAGGGUGGCAGCAGUAUGCAGGAAAGACUUUCGAAUUCGGGAUGCCGAUACAGAUUAAAAUAACGACGUGUGGUCCUAAUCCAAUGUACAUGCUCUAUAACAUCUACGACUACAACGAGGACAUCCCGAACUUCUGGGCGUUCGACAUCAGCAAAUGCUACAACUACGACAACAAGGCCUUUAUCCGCUUCUUCUUGCCAGGAAACUAUUCACAGUUGGUUCUCCCAAAUGAGUCCAUCUUCAAAUACUUGGUGCUAAUCUCCAUCACAGGCUACACCGCCAUUUCUCCCAUCCGGGUUGCCAACAUGAAGCUGGAUCACAACUCAAAAUAUAUCCUUGUCAGUUUCGACAUGCUCGGCCCAGCACCGAUCAAGGGCGAUGUCAGACACUACCAAACGGAAACGCCUCUGACCAUCGCUAAGUCUAUCCUCAUGAACGCCAUAAACAAACAGACGUUUGUUGUAGAAGUCGACAAAAUAUCCUUAUCUACAUGUUGUCGGAUUUCCUUCGAAGACGAACACACGGGAACCAAACUUGAGGAUUCACAAGAUGUAGAUAUCGCGGACAGAAUGUGCGACAGUUCUUUGUGUUGGUCGUGA